AUGUCGUCGGAGGGCGGAGAGAGACGGCCGGCGAGAGUUGGAGGAGUGGCGGCGGAGAAGUUGGCGUGCCCACGUUGCGAUUCCACCAACACCAAAUUCUGCUACUACAACAACUACAAUCUCUGUCAGCCCCGCUACUUCUGCAAGUCCUGCCGCCGUUACUGGACCCGAGGCGGAGCCCUCCGGAACGUGCCCGUCGGCGGCGCCACCCGCAAUCCUUCCUCCAAAAAACGCUCUCGUACUGUCGGGUCGGGCCGACCAGCCCGGUCUCCGGCACCCAGGAUGGUUGGAAUUGGUGCCGGGUCGGGUCUCGAUGUGAAUCUGAACCGGGCAGGGUCGGAGCCGGAGACUGGGAGUUUGGGCCCGGUGGGAAGCGGCGGCGUUGAGUUUGCCCCGUUGGGUGAGUACGGGCUCGGGCUAGAACCGAGCGGGCUGCAUGAUGAGUUCGGGCUCGGGCUCGGGCUCUGCGACUGGCCCGCCGAACCAGUCACCGGAGGCAAUGGCGGUGAAGCUACAAACGUCGACGGAGGCGUGGCUGCCACGAGCUGGAACAACGACGACGCGUGGCAGAUUGAUGAUUGGCCGGAGCUCUCCAUUUCUGCACCGGGGGUGAAACCUUGA